CGUCCUAGGAGAAAAGCGUCACAUUGACCUUAGAUAACAUUCUAAAUGUGAAAAACCUAACUUCCCUAAACUUCAUCCAUUUAGGGAACGAUAAUAACCAUUAGCACUUGAGAAAACUGUACAGGGAAGGGGGUUAAUGUUUAAUCGCAGUAUUUACAGACGUCCAAUGUCAUUUCGCGUGGCACCCUGCGUAACGGAGUAAAACGAAGGGUGUGGCCGCGUGCAGCACCUGCGCGAGCAGGUUAAUGAGUGCCAAUGCUGAAGGGGUUUUACCUGGCCGACUUUUCCAACAAAGCGGACCGGAAGCAUCUUACCAGUCUGGCCAGAGAGUUCAAGGUGGCUCUAAUUUGAGUGAACCAGAAGUUUGGAACAACUGUGAUACAGAAGAUGGGCUACUGAAAGUCAGCUGUUUGAAACAAAGGACGAACCAAACUCGUACAACGAUACAAGUAUUUGUCAUCUCAGUAGUGCCCAAAUCGAUCCGGACAUGGACCGGUACAGAUACUUUGUCUUCAACCAGCGCAGUGUAGUGGUAUUGGGAAUCUUACAGGUGGCAUGUGCCGGGCUCUGCAUGGUGUGCGGCGUCAUGGACGCGUUUUUCCGUAAGACUACCACUCUCAGCACUUCUCGGGCUCCGUUGUGGUCUGCGCUGAUAAUGGCAGUGCCAGGUGUGCUGGCCCUGUUUGCCGCACAAAGGAAGAACCCUAUUCUGGUGAGUGUUAUGCUGGUGUCCUCCCUGUUCUCCUGUGUUGCUGUGGUAAUUGUGUUCACAUAUGCUGGCUUAACCCUCAGCUAUGGAGAAGAGGAUGAUGAAAUCUUCCACCAUCACAUUCCAGAAGUGAAGUUUGUGCUGGGCCGGAUGGUGAGGGGGGCAAAUGGGACCAUGUUGCUCACAGGCGUCUGCUCUCUCCUCUUCUCCAGUCUCAUUGCGUUGCUUGGCUGCCGGAGUCUGCCCUUCUGUGCCUGCUACGAUGGCCUCACAGGCCUGGAGUCUCUAGUGCCUCAGAAUGACCCCAGCACAGACACUGAGCUGGUCUGCACCUGGCAAGCAGGGGGCGAUGAUCGUCUCUUCAAUUCGCCUGUGACAUUUGUAGACCGAUGUGUCGAAAAGGAGCAGGAAGAGCCGUCCAGACUUCCUCCUUAUGUCAGUCUCACCUGAGAUACCAUCAGACCCACAGCAAACUGUCUUCAAAAUGUUUUAAAACUUUAAAAGAAAAACCCAACUGAAGAUGAGUUUGUGUGUGUUGAAAGACAAUUGAUGGCACAUUGCAUUUUCAAUUCCAGAACAGUUUGUUUCAAAGUGCCAUAUGUCCUGCCACUGACUACUUCUGCAGCUAUAGAGGAGUUCCUUUCUGUAAGAGAUUUUUACUUGCAAUCUAGAAAUGUAUAUAUGAAUACUCUGAUGUUAUUUAUUGUAUGUGUGUGCUGUGGCCUUAGUAAAAACAGCUCCACAAAGAUCAGGAAGCUGGUUUGAUUUUGUAUUCUUAAAUGUGUUUUGUGUACAUCUUGAAAUAAAAAAAAAAGUAUUUUAAAA